AUGGCUGAUUACCAAGGUUACAUCAUACUUUUCCUCAUAUGGCUAAUAUCCACAAUUUUGGUAAGAGCCCUACUCAAAAGAACACAUAGCAAACCAAAUUUACCUCCAAGUCCAUUUUCCUUACCUAUAAUUGGACAUCUUCAUCUUCUAGGUACAAUACCUCACCAAGGAUUUCACAAACUCUCAUCAAAAUAUGGACCUAUAAUCCACCUUUUCCUAGGUUCAAUCCCUUGUGUUGUAGCUUCCUCGCCCGAAUCCGCCAAAGAGUUUCUUAAAACUCACGAAAACUAUUUCUCCAACCGUCCUCAAAGUUCGGCUGUUGAUUAUCUAACAUAUGGUUCACAAGAUUUCUCGUUUUCCCCUUAUGGACCUUACUGGAAAUUCAUGAAGAAGAUAUGCAUGUCUGAACUUCUUAGUGGUAUCACAUUAACUCGACUUCUUCCUGUGAGGAAGCAAGAGACAAAAAGCUUUGUUGACUUUUUGCUUAAGAAAGGGAAGGAAAAUGAGGCUAUUGAUGUUGCGAAAGAGCUUUUGAGGAUGUCGAAUAACGUUGUUUCGAGGAUGAUUAUGAGUGAAAGUUGUAGUGAAAAUGAAUGUGAGGCUGAAGAGGUGAGGAAGUUGGUGCAAGACACGGUGCAUCUUACGGGGAAGUUCAAUGUUUCCGAUUUUAUUUGGUUUUUUAAGAACUGGGAUGUGCAAGGGUUUAGUAAGAGAUUAAAGGAAAUUAGAGAUAGGUUUGAUUCUAUGAUGGAGAGGAUUAUCAAGGAGCAUCAAGAGGAGAGGAGGAGAAGAAAAGAAGUUGGUGGAAGAGAUGGUGAAAUUAAGGAUCUACUUGAUAUUUUGUUGGAUAUAUUUGAAGAUGAGAACUCUGAAAUCAAAUUGAAAAUGGAGAACAUAAAAGCCUUCAUCUUGGACUUAUUUAUGGCUGGAACAGACACUUCAGCCCUAACCAUAGAAUGGGCUUUGGCAGAACUGAUCAACCAUCCACAUGUGAUGGAAAGAGCAAGACAAGAGAUUAAUGAUGUAAUUGGAAGUACUAGAAUAGUAGAAGAAUCAGACAUUGUAAACCUUCCUUACCUACAAGCAAUAGUCAAAGAAACACUAAGAAUUCACCCAACAGGUCCAUUAAUUGUUAGAGAAUCAUCUGAAAGUUGCAUCAUACAAGGCUAUGAUAUUCCAGCAAAGACACAACUGUUUGUUAAUAUAUGGUCUAUUGGAAGGGACCCUAAUUAUUGGGACAACCCACUUGAGUUUAGGCCAGAGAGGUUUAUUAGUGAAGUUGGAAAUUUAGAUGUGAGGGGACAACAUUUUCAUAUGAUUCCAUUUGGGAGUGGAAGAAGAGGGUGCCCUGGAACUUCAUUGGCUUUGCAUGUUGUGCAAACAAAUCUUGCUGCUAUGAUUCAGUGUUUUGAAUGGAAGGUUAGUGGAGGUAGUGAGAGUGUUGAUAUGGAAGAGAAACCUGGGUUAACUCUUUCUAGGGCACAUCCUUUAGUUUGUGUUCCUGUUCCUAGGCUUGAUCCUUUUCCUACUAUGUGA